GAAACGGCCGACUUCCGGCCGCGCAGCGGUGGGUGGAGCCAAGAUGGCUGAGAAGACACUCGGGACGAGAAGUCAAUUUCCUACAUCUGCUGAACCCCAAAAACCUCGACUGAAAAAAGCUCCAGAGUUUCCUAUUUUGGAGAAGCAGAACUGGUUGAUUCAUCUUCACUAUAUCCGGAAAGAUUAUGAAGCAUGCAAGGCAGUUAUCAAAGAACAACUUCAGAAGACUCAGGGGUUGUGUGAAUAUGCUAUCUAUGUUCAAGCAUUGAUACUUCGCCUGGAAGGAAAUAUCCAAGAAUCCCUAGAACUCUUUCAGACAUGUGCAGUUCUCAACCCUCAGUGUGUUGAUAACCUCAAGCAGGUGGCCAGAUCUUUAUUUCUUUUGGGAAAACAUAAAGCUGCCACUGAAGUAUAUAAUGAAGCAGCUAAACUUAACCAGAAAGAUUGGGAAAUCUGCCAUAAUCUAGGAGUUUGCUACAUUUAUCUGAAGCAGUUCAACAAGGCACAAGAACAGUUGCACAGUGCCCUACAUCUUAAUAGGCAUGAUCUGACUUAUGUAAUGUUGGGGAAGAUCCACUUGCUGGAGGGAGACUUGGACAAGGCCAUCGAAAUCUACAAGAAAGCAGUGGAGUUCUCACCAGAAAAUACAGAACUUCUUACAACGUUAGGAUUACUCUACUUACAGCUCGGCAUUUACCAGAAGGCAUUUGAACAUCUUGGAAAUGCACUGACUUAUGACCCUACCAACUACAAGGCUAUCUUGGCAGCAGGCAGCAUGAUGCAGACCCAUGGGGAUUUUGAUGUUGCUCUCACCAAAUACCGAAUUGUAGCUUGUGCUGCUCCAGAAAGUCCUCCGCUCUGGAAUAAUAUUGGAAUGUGUUUCUUUGGCAAGAAGAAAUACGUGGCAGCCAUCAGCUGCCUGAAACGAGCCAACUACUUAGCACCCUUCGACUGGAAGAUUCUGUAUAACUUGGGCCUUGUGCACUUGACCAUGCAGCAGUAUGCAUCCGCUUUUCAUUUUCUCAGUGCAGCCAUCAACUUCCAGCCAAAGAUGGGGGAGCUCUACAUGCUCUUGGCUGUGGCUUUGACCAAUCUGGAGGAUGUAGAGAAUGCCAAGAGAGCCUACGCAGAAGCAGUCCGCCUGGACAAGUGUAACCCUUUAGUCAACUUGAACUACGCUGUGCUGCUGUACAACCAGGGUGAGAAGAGGGGUGCCCUGGCCCAGUAUCAGGAGAUGGAGAAGAAAGUCAUCCUACUCAAGGACAACAGCUCUCUGGAAUUUGACCCUGAGAUGGUGGAGAUGGCUCAGAAGUUGGGAGCGGCUCUCCAGGUUGGGGAGGCACUGAUCUGGACUAAACCAGUUAAAGAUCCCAAAUCAAAGCACCGGACUACUUCAACCAGCAAGCCUGCCAGUUUCCAGCAGCCUCUGGGCUCUAAUCAAGCUCUAGGACAGGCAAUGUCUUCAGCAGCUGCAUACAGGAAGCUCCCCUUAGGUGCUGGAGGAACAUCUCAGCUUACAAAGCCGCCAUCUCUCCCUCUGGAGCCAGAGCCUGCUGUGGAAGCAAGCCCAACUGAAACCUCAGCACAGACAAGAGAAAAAUAAGAGCAGGAUGAUCCCAGAGUAGGAGUUCCUUGGGCAAAGAUGUCCUGGAUUAAGAAAAGUCACAUGGCACAGACAGA